AUUUUAGCUUACAUACUUUACUGCACAGCUUAAUCCCAAACUUUGCCAAAUAUAAAAAUUUUUAGCAGAAAAGUGAACUCAAUAAUGUCAGAUGCUACAGCCAUAGAGAGAGUGGAAGAUUUAAUGGAUGAAGUAGUCAGACUAAUGCCAAAUGAAGAAUGGUUGCCAUUCGCUCAUAAUUCUAGAUGGUUGGCAAUUUCUGAUGAGACAAUCGAUGAGAUUGUUCCUGACAUUGAAAAUAUAACCAAGAUGCAGAAAUAUAAAAUAUUGAAAAUGUGGAAACGACGAAUUGGGAUGGAAGCUAAUGGUGCCAAGUUGAAAGAAAUCUUCCAAAAUUUCAUGCAAAACUAUGAAAUGUUGCAAAGUCAAGGACAGUCACAGCCAGCAUCUCAGCAGACAGAAGUUAUUCAAGAGGGCGCUGCUGCACAAAACAUGGCAGCCCCAAGAUAUAGGAUUGGUUCUGGGACAACACGAGAGGUCCAACCUCAGGAUGUAGCACAACCCACAGUUGCAGAACCUGCUCAACAAGAAGGAAAUGUACAGCAUGAUGCUGCCUUGCCCAACGAAGGAAAUCAGGCGGCUGAAGCGCAGAAUCGAAAUGCAGCUGGUAAUACUAUCGGUUCUUUUCAGCCCAGAGUCAGCAUGACCACUGGGACUAUCACAGCAGGACAGUUUGUUGGAUACAGCGAGACAAAUAAUUACCCCGGACAAGCAUAAAUUAAAUAAUUUUGUGUUAGUUACUUCGUUUUAGCUCUUUUUCGAUUUUAUGAAGCAAUUUUCAUUUAAUCAGGAUUAUAAUCAAGUUUGUUUCUAAGCAGGGCUGCCAUAACGUCCUCAUUUCUAAGAUUUGACCUUAUUUUGAAGGUCUUCGCCCUAGGAAAUAUUUUUGUCCUUAUUUCUAAAAAACGUCCUUAUUUCGACAUGUGUCCUUAUUUUUGUUUUAUUUUACGGGUAGACGUUUUUAUACCGGGCACUUACAUUGGUCAAUUUGAAUGAUUGAUUUGCUAGAAAUAAUAUUAGAACGUCAUUGAUUGCUACGGGCAUUCAUUAGUUCUUAUUUUCAUGUUUCCCAGACGCCCUUAUUUUUGGGUUCACAUCGAUGGCAGGCAGGCAGCCCUGUUCCUAUGUCAUCAUGAGCUUCCCAAGUUAACUUUCUUUUUUUAUAUAAUGCUUGUUCUUAACUCCCACAAAAUGUUUAUUUUCGAGAAGUGAAAACAAAAAUUUGUUGAGUCCAACUUUUGUAAAAUAUGGGAAGCAUGUGGAAUUUUCUGAAUGUUUUUCUUUUUUGAAACCGAUUUUCUAGCUUUUCCUAGAUCAUAACAACCUGAUGUUCUGUAGGUUUCAUGUCAAUCGGUGUGUGCAAUUCAUCGUUAUAAUUCUUCAGCUACCUUUUCUAAAGCAGUGGUGCCAAAAUCUUGGCACGUGGGACAAUUACGGCCAGCGUAAUGAUUUGAUAUUGCCCUCUGAACUCGAGUGAAAUAGUUUAACACUUUCUGUUAUUUUCCUUUAGCGUUCUAGAUGGCGCCAAUUAUUACGUCAAUAUCACAGUUUAAUCAAGCAUAUACUCGUAACUUAUUCGUAAUUCAAUUAUACCGGUAUCUUGAUUAUAUGUAACGGUAUCGACCCUAGUGGGCGCAGCCCUCUUCGGGCCUGCGAAAAUCCUUUCUCUUGUAAUUUUGUCCCCCAGUCAAUCAACUUUGGAAACCACUGUUCUGAUGCUACUUACACUGACUUUUGGUGCUGUUCAUAUUGCCUGUAUCAUCACUCAAAGAUCACCUUCUUUUCCGACUUCAGCAUAGCAGGUGAUGAAAUAAUUGAUAAAAACAAAAGAAAUGAAAAUUUAUUAUCAGGCUACCUAACCUUCAUUCGCAGUGAUAAUUUUUAUUCAAGCCGUAUAGACCCCAAAUCUUUGGGGAUAUCCAAGUUUAAUUAAUCAUAUGCUGUUUUAAUAGAACUAUUUAAUUUUAGUGUAUCAUUGCCAUAUUCAAUUUUGGCCUGCUAGGAAUGUAUGCUCUUGAAAUCGCGCUGUGGAUCCCUGAGAGUCUACCUGGGCCAUGUUGGUAAGCCCUGUGACCAUGUUGAUAAGCCCUGUGAAACUGAUGAUAUACUUUAUAAAUAAAUAUAAAAAUGAUUAUCAGAAAAGCAAAAAAAUCCCUAGGUUAUCUUCUAUGUGUGCUUGACCUUGCAAUGAGCGAAUUUCAAUUUUUAACUUACUGUACACCAAAGCUAACCUAUGCCCGAAAUUAUUUUCCUGUUAAACUUUCUUACUCUUGUGAAUUCUGUAUUUUCCAUCACAAACCUAUAAAUGAAAGACCUAAAAUGCAUUGAACCAACCAUUCCAAUAUUCUUGCAUAAAGUAUUACAUUUUCUAACAUACUAGAUAAAGUGAUGUAGGCUAUGUCAUUAGCUAAUUUAAUUCCCAAUUAUCCUAUUUUCCUGUUUUUUCCAGUAUUACUGGUCCAAAGGCAAUAAUAAGCCAACCCCAGAAAAAUGAAAAUAAGCUGAUCCACCCAAUAAUCCAAUUCCAGAAAACCCAGCUGAAAAAUUUGGUUCAGUAAAUUGGCUUGUCAGCUGGAAAAUAUCAUAUUAAAUGUAUAGUCAGAGAUCACUUUGUCCAUAUAUUUAGUCAUGGUUAGCAUUUGCAAGGUGUCUCAAAAGUGUAGGGAUUCGUUUUUCACUAAAUGUUUGUGCUGUGCGAUGAAUUAUC